AUGGGGAGAAUUAAGAAGGUCGCCAGCCAAAAGCAUGAGGCUACAAUCUCACCAUUUUUGCAAGAAUUCAUAGCGCAUGCCACAAGUAUUCCCGUUCCAGAGCUCCCGUCGCUUCUCAACACAUUCCCUAAGCUAUGGCCGUUCCCGCGCGGUGAUCUCUACCAUUGGAUCAAUGUCUUGGACCGAUUCGACGAGAUUCUGGCCUCAGCUGUGGACAAAUACCUCCUGAAUACUGGCCCUCAGACCCAACUGUUUGCCCGAAGUGUUUUGGAGGAAUCAUAUUCGGCCGAUGAGAGCAAGAAGCCAGCAGAGGGUGUUGAUGCUAAACUAAAUGCCCUGGGAUACGGCCCUGAAGGAGAUAGAGAGCUUGUGGAAGCAGUUCUUGAUUUUUCUCGCCUUUUGCUCGAGAAAUGUGGGAACCGAAGCCUGUACAGCAGCAGCGAUCGCCUAGGUGACCUGUUGAACACCACCUCACUUUCUCUCCUACAAUCUACAUUGCGGCUGUCUCUUUGCUUAGCUCAACGAUACCACUCUCGCCAGCGUGGCACCCAUCAACAGUCCGUAUUGCAGUCCCACUAUGCGCUUGAUCUCGAAAAGUUGCAGAAAAUCGCGGCUCCUUUCCCGCGUCCAGCCAUCGCCAGUAAAACACCGUUUGGCACGUCUUCCCCCGUUUUAACCAAGGGAAAGGAAAUCACAGCCAAGACGAAAGUCAACGCCAAUGAACUGGUUUCCCUCGUGCGUGAUGACGAUGGCUGGGAGGAAUGGGGAGAUGUUCGAGUCCUGUACUAUCCCUCAGGCUCUGAACAGGCCAGAACUACGUCCGAAUUUGGCCAAACAGAGCACGGCUCACACGUUCCAGCUACGCCAACUCCAUUGCGACGUAGCGCACACCCCACUCCUCAUUCCAACCAGGCCUCGAAUGGAGAUGAAUCACCAGCUGUUAUCGGUGGGAAGGCAGAAGAGGCUACACGAGCGGGUAAAGUCCUAGAGCUUCCCUAUUCAAAAGUUUCAACUGCAAAGGUGGAAGAUCUUCUUGCGGCGAACUUGCCUCAUCUGCCCCUUGAAUCAAAAUAUGAGCUGCUUCACAAGCUCCGAGUCGCCAAGGCGUUGACAACGUCGCGUGCUACGCGCGAACAGAUUCUUUCCAUCAAGGCACUGGCAGUGACAAAUCUGGCCCAUGUUCAGCCGGAGAGUACCUUCCAAGCAAAGGUCCUUCAAUCUGAUAUGGAACAACCGAAGCGUCUUCAGCUUACUUACCAGCUCGCUGAAGUGGUUCAUCUCGGUGCCAGUGGUGACCUCGCGGUCUCUCGGUCUGUCCAAACUUUGGCGAUCCAGGCGUUGGAUGCUUUGGCCAAGCACAAGGUUCGUGCUAUCGACGUCUGUGCAGCUUUGAGCGUCAAUGUCAACCACGGAAUUCUCAUGUUCUUGACCCGUAAAAUGGUCAAUGAACUAGGCCCCGAAAACAACGACCCGGAUGAUGCUUACUACGAUGAGUGGCGAGAUGCGUUGCUUGCACUCCUACGCACUCUCCCAAGCUCGAGCACACGUACUCCGGAGACCCUGGUUGCAGCAGGUCUGAUUCCCAUGUUUGUUGACAUCUUGAAUCUGCGGACUGAAAAAUCCCGCCGAGUCUAUUCCCGUAUCAUGGAGUUCCUUGACACAUUUGUGCACGCGGUCCGUGAUGCACUGGGUACAUUGACAACAGCGAAGGGUUUUGACGCCAUGUCUGAUUUGAUUGAUCACGAGACCAAGACCGCGUUUGAGAAGGUCAAUCGAGGGGAUGGAUUUCCUGCUAAAUACAAAAACCCUUCGGUUGACUAUCAAAUUCCUUACUUUCAGCAGCAGACUCUGCGCUGGAUGUUCCGUUUCGUCAACCACAUCAUGCAGCACAAUGGCGGAGGCUUCGAUCGUGUUCUGCGCAACUUGAUCGAUUCGCCUCAGCUGUUGACUUCUCUUCGCCUUGUGUUCGAGAAUGCUCGUGUGUUCGGUUCACAUGUUUGGAGCAACGCCGUCAACAUUCUCAGCAGCUUCAUUCACAACGAGCCUACUAGUUAUGCUGUCAUCGCCGAGGCUGGCCUCAGCAAGAGCCUUCUUGCUGCGGUCAUGGGUCGUGAACUUCACGUUCUAGAGAAGCCGCCGGCCGUGGAGCCUGAAGACCGGGAGACUGAGGCCGACACCGAGGCCGAACCCUCCGCCACUCAACCGCCCAGCGCCGAAGCCGCUAUUCAGUCCGAGGGAAAGCAAAAGGAUCGCGAGUAUGCCAUCGUCAGACCCCAGAACACCCCUCUCGCACCUGGCAUAAUGCCCGCGGCUGAUGCUCUUGCUUGUAUCCCUGGCGCAUUUGGAGCUAUCUGCUUGAACUCCUCCGGUUUGGACCUCUUCCAGUCCUCCGAUGCACUAGAAAGUUUCUUCGAGAUCUUCGAGAACCCCGAGCAUAUCAAGUGCCUUAAGGAUGACCCAGAACUGGUUCGUUCGUUAGGCACGACCUUUGAUGAGCUUGUCCGACACCACCCAGCAUUGAAAACCUCUAUCAUGUCUGCCGUUCUUGUAAUGGCUGCUCGUAUCAACGUUCUGGGGCGAGUCAAGGCAUGGGAGCUAGGUAUGGGCACAAAAAUGUGGACCCAAGAUGCCGACGGCAAAACAACUCUUUCAGGAGAUGUCUUUUCAUUGUUCCGAGAGAUCGGCACAGCCGUUGAUGCACCCAUAGACGACCCUGCCUCGUUUGGUGCUCCCCAGCUCAACGCCAACACUCUGCCUAACGGCGCUAAGCUUGUCGUUGGGGAUCUAGAUCACGUCCUCCCUUCGCCGGGCCCCAACUUUGAGCCUAGAGAUAAGGAUGAUCAUGGUCUUUCGGCUACGGACUACCUGUUCCCAGCUUUGCGAUUCCUGGGCGCUUUCUUCGAGAACCAGACGAACUGCACAUCCUUCAUCCUGGCCGGCGGCACAGAGUUCUUGUUAGACAUUGCAACACUCCAAAGCUUGGCGUUUGAUUUCCACAGCACCAACGCCAACCAAGAGAUUACCGUGCUUAUCCACAUGCUAGCGGAAACGAAGCCUCACCUUGUGGUCCCAUCUCUUGUUCGACGCGCACAGGCAGCAGUGGACAAUCUUUCAGCCUUUUGGACUGCGCCCACUGGAUCGGGAUUCUUCACAGAAUUGAUCAAGCCAGCAGAUUCAAAAAAACCUGCUCUCGAGCCUACGGCUGCUGCUAAAUCUGGCACAUUCUUCGUGAGACAUUUGAAUGCUGUUCUUCUCCUUACCGAUGUCCUUCGCGAGGUUUUCGCAUCGCCACUGUACCAAACCCGGCCUGGUCAGUCUACCUCUAUCUUUGGCCAAGCCAACCUUGCGGACCACUACUGUUCCCUAGUCUCCUCAUUGAGCAACCUUCUUGCUUCUUGCGUGUGGGAAGGUAUUCUACUGGAGAAGAACAUCCCCGAGAAGUGGCUGAAAGCGACACAGGCCUCUGCUGAGAAGCAUGGCUCUGGAAAGUCAAAGGCUGCUCCGGUUACUGGGAACCCCCAGGAGCCUUCAGCAACGCCUGGCGCCGAACCUCAACGUGAGGGCACUAGUGCAUCAGAGACUGCUCCAGCUCAGUUGGGCCAGGGUCCGAAAGAAGAUGACACCGAAGUUGAUGAACAGUGUCCUGCUUUCAAGAAUGCGCGUACGCUUCGCUACCUUCUAAGCGCUCUGCCAACCUCGAUUACGGGAUUCUUGCACAACCUCGGACUCGGGAUUAUCGGCAAGAGACGCACAGAUCCGCUGCAGAAACAGAAGGCGAAUGCAUUUUUGGUCUCAGACGCCAUUGCUGAAGGUGUUCUUCGCCAACUGCAGUUCGACCCGGCCAAUUCCAGCAACAGCCCCAAGCAUCGUUUCGCAUAUCUCAUUGUCAUCCUUUCACACUUCUCGCACCUUCUUUAUGAAGUCUCCUCAGAUCGUCCCAGUCCGAACUACUUGACUUCAGUUCUCGUCUCGUUCAAUAAAAACAACGGCCUCAAAGUAUUGAAAGACAUCUGUGACGUCUUCUUGAGUGAUAUCAAGUCCCUUCCAUCUGCGGAGUCUAUUCCCGACCAAGACAAGGAGCUUGCUGACCGGCUUGCAUCCGGAUAUGGUGGAAUUAAAAUCAUUCUUGGAUUAUUCGCAGACCUCACUGCUGGGAAAUUCAUCGUGGACUCUAGCCAGACACAAGCCUUGACUUCUCACCCUGACCGGGACCGCGACCGUCCCGACUACUUCCAGCCAGGUCAACUCUUGGUGGAUCUUCGCAUGGAGAUCUUGCCCAUGGCCAGAGACAUGUGGAACUCGGACUUUGCGACCCAGUCAUCGAGUCCAAUUGUCCGAUUGUUGAUUGAUAUCAUGCGGUUCUCCUUGGAUGGUGAAUACGAGGCUGGCGCGGCUCGUAAAGCAGAUACCCCGCCCGUCUUGGUAGAGGUGCCCAAGAAACCAUUCGUGGUCCACACGGAACGAGCAACUGCCUUGCUUGAGAAAGGGUACACGGAUGUUGAUCUCAAUAAAGAAGCCCUUUAUCGUUGCAACAAUCUUUUAACGGCGGCUGAAGAAUACUGCAAGGCCCAGCAGUGGCUACGAGCCCCUCCCAGAGUACCCCCGAGUCCCGGCGAUAUCAAAACCGGACUACCCGAGUCUGCUUCUGGCAUCGACCUCCUCGAUGACCCUGGUCUUGGAGAGGUUCCACCUUUCAAUGCUGCCAAUUCGUUAGACCGCUCUGGAGCCCUCCAGUUGAUUCUAGCUCAGGCGCAACGUCCUCCUUUCCCCGGAGGCGAUAUUGACUCCGACAUGCACCGCAAUUUGGCCGAAGCUCUAGACAAUGUUCUCAACGACAAUGAUGACAUGGAUAGCGAUGACCGAGGCGAGUCAUCGAACCAGCGUCGGCCCGAGAGUCGUAAUAUCGGGGCAAGCUCUUCCGAAUCUACCGCGCCCCCUCAGGGAGAACCGGUGAAACGUCGCCAUAUGGUCACAAUCGAAGAUCUGGAUGCAGAGAGGCAAAACAUUCGGUCAAACCUGAUCGAUCGGGCUCUGGAUAUUCUAAAUGAACAUCAUGAUGUCUCUUUUGAGCUGUCUGACUUGAUCACCUCGGCUAUCAAGAAGCACAACGAGCCUGUCAACUUCCGUCGAGACAUUGGAGAGACCCUCGUUCAAUCGCUAGUCUCUCUACAAAUGGAGAACUUCCAGACAGCUGGCAAAAAGAUUGCAGCUUAUGCCCACAUUCUCGCACUGACCCUUCAAGAUCCUGACAUGUACCUCGCCACUCUUGAAGAGCUCAAAGAUUGCUUCUCGACUUUCCUUGGAUUUAUCAAGCUCCCAACACCCGAAAAGGCCGACCAAGAAACCUUCCCUUGGGUUGGACACGUCCUUCUCAUUCUCGAGAAGCUUCUGUCUGAUGAUUGCCAGCCUCCCCAGAUUGCCUGGAAACUGCCAAGUCUUGAUGAUCCCAACCCCAGCGGCGAUGAACCAGCCCGUCUUGAAGAUCCACUUGUCUCCCUCGAUGAGAAGACCCAGCUAUUUGAAGCUCUUGUCGAGAUCCUACCCCGAGUGGGCAAGGAUGAUACACUCGCGCUCUCCAUGUGCCGUGUUCUUGUCAUUCUCACCCGCGAGCGCAGCAUUGCCGCUCGCUUUGGUGAGAAGCGAAACCUUCAGCGUUUGUUCGUGAUGGUUAAACAACUUUCUAGCGCUACAAACGAUAAACUCCAAAGUGCCUUCAUGCUGAUUCUUCGUCACAUCGUCGAAGACGAAGCUACUAUCCGGCAGAUCAUGAGGAGCGAAAUUGUGGCCAACUUUGAGUCCAAGACUACCCGUCAGAUGGACACGAACGGCUAUGUACGACAUAUGUAUCACCUCGUGCUGAGAGCUCCUGAUAUCUUUGUGGAGGUUACAAAUGAAAAGCUACGGUUGCUCCGAUAUGACAACCAUCAACGUCCACAGGUUCUUGGAUUGAAGGCCGACAAGGAUCGGCAGCAAAAGCGAGGAAGAGCCAGUGUCUUUAUUGAAGAGCCGAAGCCAGAAUCAUCUUCAGCGGGUGAAGCAUCUGCCCCUGAAGGCACGGACAAGGGCAAGGCCCAAACCAAGGGUGCCGAACUCAAGGCCCCAAUUGUGGAGAACCCGGAUGGUGUUAUUCAUUACCUGCUUUCGGAGCUUCUGUCCUACAAGGAUGUGGACGACAAAGAAACCAGUCUUGAAUUCUCGGAGCAGGCAGCUGACCAAUCCGAUACUCAAACUGAUGUUGAGAUGGCUGUGGACGAGCCAACACCUUCGAUUUCGAGCACUGCCGAAGCACAAACAUCUCGCGGUUCCAAGAAGGCAGAAAAGCCCCAAUUCAAGGCAGAUGACCAUCCGAUUUACAUCUACCGCUGCUUGCUCCUUCAGUGCUUGACGGAACUUCUUUCCUCUUACAACCGGACUAAAGUCGAGUUCAUCAACUUUUCCCGCAAGGCUGAUCCUCUAGCCACUACACCCUCCAAACCGCGCUCUGGCGUCCUCAACUAUUUGCUGAACGUGCUUGUUCCCCUUGGUACCAUGGAUCAUGAUGAGUCUUUGGUGUUCAAAAAGCGCAGUAUCACCUCCACAUGGACCAUGCAAGUGCUUGUUGCGCUUUGCACCAAGACCGGUGAAUUUGGUGGUGUUGGUAAACGUCGUACCGACCCUAAGUAUGAGGAGGAUGAGCCUGAGCUUGCUUUUGUCCGCCGCUUUGUGCUAGAGCAUGCUCUCCGGUCCUACAAGGAUGCUAUGGCCUCUACUGAACCCCUAGAUGUCAAGUAUUCCAAGCUCAUGUCUCUUGCUGACCUCUUCGAUAAAAUGCUCAGCGGCUACUCCUUCACCAACGAUGCGGGCUUCCCAACUUCAACCAGGCAGCUCGCGAAGACCAUGUUCGAAAAGAAUUUUAUCCCCGCGCUCACUUCUUCCGUCGCCGAUGUCGACUUGAAUUUCCCGUCCUCUAGACGUGUCAUUAAGUAUAUUCUUCGUCCGUUGAAUAAACUUACCCAGACUGCCGUACUUCUCAGCGAGACCUCGGACAUCACUAUCCAAGGUGAUAACGAGGAUGAUGAGAUCUCAUCGGCAACUUCCGUUUCUGACAUGGAAGAUGAACGCGAAGAAACACCUGACCUCUUCCGCCACUCCACUCUCGGCAUGCUAGAGCCUCGUCAUGACGAGGAAGAGAGCAGCACCGAAGAAUCGGAGGGUGAGGACGAUGAGAUGUACGAUGAUGAAUAUGACGAAGAAAUGGACUACGACGAGGAUGUCGCUGAAGAUGAUGGUGAAGUCGUUAGCGACGAAGACGACGAUGGCAUGGGUCCAAUUGAAGGUCUUUCCGGAGAUGCAGUCGAAGUCAUCCUUGACGAAGAUGAUGACGAGGACGAGGACGAAGAUGAUGAAGACCACGACCAUUCGGACAUGCAUGAUGACAUGUAUGAUGGAGAAAUCGGUGGUGACAGAGACAACGAAAGCCUCGAAGAUGGCGCAGAGGACGAAUGGGAAAGUGAAGAAAUGACCGAAGACGAAGAAGAGGUCGAGAUGAUGAACCAGUUUGAAGAUGAAAUGGCCGACAUCAGACAAUCCACUAGACACCAAGGUGAAGAUCAACAUCUUGGUGACCUAUUCCGUGCCCUCAAUGGUUCCGGUGUUGAUGAUAUCCAUGGAGAUGCUCUAGGUGGUGAUAUUCACGAAGAAAUCGAUGACCUCGAUGAAGAUGGUUUGUCCCUCCUUAGACUGCUGAGGCAACAAAUGCCGGCGCAACCACCAGCCUUGCUGACAUCCGGUCCAGUUGAAGACGAAGACGAAAUGGAUGAACUUGACGAGGACAUGGAUGAUUUCGAUGAGGACCAAGGAUCUUAUGAGGAUAUGGAAGGUGAGUCCAACUCUCUCGAUGAUUUUCUCACAGCAUUGCUGACUCUCCCAGAAGACGAUGAUCUUCUUGAGCCGUGGGGAUGGGAAGGCGAUGAACCUCCAAUGGCCCGAGGACAUGCGCAAUCCCGCUUCCGCGCAGCCCCACCACCGGCCUGGGCUACCGUCACUGAAAUCAUGCCGGGUCGCCCAUCCGGUCUCGUUCCCAUUCAGCCUUACCACCGUGUCCACCGAACCCAAAUCCCGACUCACGGCAACGACGAUGGCACUAAUCCUCUUCUCGUCCGGACUGACCGCCCAGAUCCUACUGUUCCACCUCGGGUUGCUGCUGAUGCUUUCGCCGAUUGGGGCCAGUCUAUGGACCCUGCAGGUGGCCGGGUUGUUGCCAUGGAUAGCCCCAUCAGCUUCAUGAAUGCCAUUAUGCAAGCCAUUGGCGGGCAGGCAGCGCCAGGUUUCGGCGUUGUCACUCGCCCUGAUGGUAUUCACGUCCAUGUCGACCGACGGGCGGUCUUGCCUGGUCGUAUCCAGGAUAUGCUCGGGAUUCCCCGAGGAGCAGGCCCUCCAACUCGCACUCGCGGCGACGACCCUCACACUGCCGUCAAGUUUGGUCUUGGUACCACCAGAAACCGCUGGCAAGAAGAGGCCCACAUUAUCUUCAACAGCCAGUAUAUUGAGCGGACCCAGCGCGUCGUCAACUCCAUUCUGAGGCUCUUGGUUCCCCCUGCCAUCGAGGAGGAGAAGCAGCGCCAGAAGCUCGCGGAAGAGGAACGCAAGCGUGUUCAAGCCGAAAGGGCUGAAAAGGACCGCCAAGAUCGCAUUGCCGCUGAAGAAAAACAGCGCGAGCUUAAGCAAAAGGAGGAGGAGGAGAACGCCCGGCUACAGGCAGAGAAAGAACAACAGGAAGCCGAGCGCCAAGCUGCAGGGGUUGAUGAGCCCAUGGAAGACGUCCAAGAAACCGAUACGGUUGAAGACGCUGGCCCAUCUACUCAACCCGAAGCCCAACCCGCUGAACCCGCUCGUCGAGUCUACACGAACAUCAGGGGCCGCCAAGUUGAUAUCACCGGUCUCGAGAUCGAUUCAGAAUAUCUAGAGGCUCUUCCUGAGGAACUUCGGGAGGAGGUCAUCAUGCAACAGCUUGCUGAACAUCGGUCCCAGGCUGCUGCUGCGGGUGAGGAGGAUACUGAGAUAAACCAAGAAUUCCUUGAGGCCUUGCCUGCCGAAAUCCGCGAAGAAUUGCUGCAACAAGAAGCGGCCGAUCGACGCCGACGGGAACGUGAGACCGCACGACGACAGGCGGCCGCUGCUGGUGGUGCUGGUGCUACUUCUAGCACUCAACCGGCGGAAGAAAUGGAUGCUGUUAGCUUCCUUGCCACUCUCGAUCCCUCUUUGCGCCAGGCUGUUCUGGCCGAUCAGCCCGAGGAUGUUCUCGCAACCUUGGGCCCGGAUUACUUGAAUGAAGCUCGUGGUAUGGGCGGUAGCGGCCGACGCAUGGCCCAGUUUGGUGACAUGAGUGCCAUUGAUCACCGCCAGCCUGCUGCAGGCCAAGAGUCGAAGAAAGAGCAGAGACGUCAAACUGUUCAAAUGCUCGACAAGGCUGGCGUUGCAACCCUUCUCCGUCUAAUGUUUAUGCCUCUUCAGGGCAACGCUCGCCAUCAAUUGAAUGAUAUUCUUCACAAUGUUUGCGAGAACCGCCAGAACCGGAGUGAAGUGCUCAGCGUUCUUCUUUCGAUCUUGCAGGAUGGCAGCGUCGAUUCCACUGCGAUCGAACGCAGCUUUUCUCAUCUUUCUCUGCGUGCAAAGGCACCAGGAGCACAAAAGACGCCUCAGUCUAAGCGAUCCCUCGCUAUCCAGACUGCCUCGAGCGUCAGCAGCGAAGUGACCCCGAUUAUGGUCAUCCAACAAUGUAUCGCCGCGCUGUCUUUCCUUUCGCAGUUCAACCCACACAUUGCUUGGUUCUUCCUAACGGAACAUGACUCUGCCUCAGCUGGUAAACUCAAGUCAUUGCGUAAGGGCAAAGGCAAAGAUAACCGAGCUAACAAGUUCGCUCUGAAUGCCCUGCUUUCUCUUCUUGACCGCAAGUUGAUAAUGGAGAGCCCUAAUUGCAUGGAGCAGGUGUCUAGCCUCCUGAGCAGUAUCACACAGCCAUUGACUGUUCUCCUUCGUCGUGAGAAGGAGCGACAGGAAGAGGACAAGGGCAAGAAGCCUGAGCGACCUCAAAUCGAAGCAUCUGCCGAACUUUCUGAGGCUGCCGACUCCAGUAUGGACACAUCCAUGACGGAUGCUCCGCUUCCCACUGUGGAAACUUCCGAAGUCCCUAGUGAAGAGACCGCAGAGGGUGAAGAGGCUACUUCAGCUGAAGCCAAGAAACCUGAAGAUUCCAAGGAGCCCACCGGGGACGGGAAGCGCAAGAAGCGAACCAUCGAGCCUCCUGUCGUUCCGGAUCACAACUUCCGAUUAGUUGUCCACAUCCUUGCGGCUCGUGAGUGCAAUGGCAAGAUAUUCCGCGAUACACUUUCCACCAUCAACAAUCUUUCCGCUAUUCCCGGAGCUAGAGAUGUGAUCGGCAAUGAAUUGGUUGCUCAAGCGCAGGCCCUCAGCGAUACCAUCCUGGGUGAUUUGGAGGAUCUUCUCCCUCAUAUCCGCCAGGCCAAGACUGGUACCGACAUGCAAGGCCUUGCUCUGGCCAAGUUCUCCCCGGCUAGCUCAGACCAGGCGAAAUUGUUACGUAUCCUGACCGCACUUGAUUAUCUGUUUGACCAAGCACGAGCGGACAAGUCCAAGGAUAUCGAGCCUAGAUCCGCUCCGAAGGAAGAUGUGCUCAAGAAACUCUAUGAAAGCGCCACUUUCGGCCCGCUUUGGAGCAAACUGAGCGACUGCUUGACUGUCAUUCGGCAGAAAGAGAAUAUGCUGAACGUGGCUACUAUUCUCCUCCCUCUCAUUGAGGCAUUGAUGGUCGUUUGCAAGAACACCACGCUGAAGGACCAGCCGCUAUCUCGCGGCAGCCGCGAAUUGUCAGUCAACAGCACCCCAGCCGAUGCUGGUCUCAGCAUGGAAAACAUAUUCUUCAAGUUCACAGAAGAACAUCGCAAGAUUCUCAAUGAGCUCGUCCGCCAGAACCCCCGCCUGAUGAGCGGCACAUUCUCUCUAUUGGUCAAGAACCCCAAGGUCUUGGAAUUCGAUAACAAGCGCAACUACUUCACUCGUCGUGUCCACUCCCGCGGUGCCGAGCCUCGCCACCCUCAUCCUCCUCUUCAGCUCUCUGUGCGCAGAGCUGAGGUUUUCCUUGACUCUUUCAAGUCAUUGUACUUCAAGAGCGCGGAUGAGUUGAAGUAUGGCAAAUUGAAUGUACGAUUCCAUGGCGAGGAGGGUGUCGAUGCUGGUGGUGUCACCAGAGAAUGGUUCCAGGUUCUUGCGCGUGGCAUGUUCAACCCCAACUACGCUUUGUUCAUCCCUGUCGCCGCUGAUCGGACCACAUUCCACCCCAAUCGCCUCAGUGGGGUCAACUCGGAGCAUCUGAUGUUCUUCAAGUUCAUCGGGCGCAUCAUCGGUAAGGCCUUGUACGAAGGUCGUGUUCUCGACUGUCACUUCAGUAGAGCAGUCUACAAGAAUAUCCUCGGACGAUCCGUGUCUAUCAAGGAUAUGGAAACGCUCGACUUGGACUACUACAAAUCACUUCUGUGGAUGCUGGAGAACGACAUUACCGAUAUCAUCACCGAAACCUUUUCCAUUGAAACCGAUGACUUUGGCGAGAAGCAGGUCAUCGACCUGAAGCCCGGUGGUCACGACAUUCCCGUUACACAGGAGAACAAGGAAGAGUACGUUCAGCGCGUGGUCGAAUAUCGCCUCGUCGAGUCGGUUCGUGAACAACUGGACAACUUCCUCAAGGGUUUCCACGAAAUCAUUCCUCCCGAGUUGAUCUCCAUUUUCAACGAGCAAGAGCUGGAACUUUUGAUUUCUGGUCUUCCUGAGAUUGAUGUGGACGAGUGGAAGAACAACACCGAGUAUCACAACUACUCCGCGUCCUCUUCGCAAAUCCAGUGGUUCUGGCGUGCCGUCCGCUCGUUCGACAAGGAGGAGCGUGCCAAGCUGUUGCAGUUCGUCACUGGAACCAGUAAGGUUCCUCUCAAUGGCUUCAAGGAACUUGAGGGUAUGAACGGUGUGAGCAAGUUCAACAUCCAUCGCGACUAUGGCCAUAAGGAUCGCCUUCCCAGCUCGCAUACCUGCUUCAACCAGCUUGAUCUUCCUGAGUAUGAAAGUUACGAAGAUCUCCGUCAACGCCUUUACACGGCCGUCACGGCUGGAAAGCCCUACAUCAUGUCGACCAACUCCAUUAAGCUCUUGACUGGCAACAGUCACCCGGAGCUUGCCAACCUAGUUGCUGACCGGCUCGGCAUUGAGUUGACCAAGAUUAUGGUCCUGCAAUAUUCCAACCAGGAAACCAGUGUCACAAUCGGAGAGAGUGUCCGGGACGAAGAUGUCUUCAUCCUCCAAUCGACAAAACCCAAUGAUAUCAACGAUGGACUUAUGGAGCUCCUGAUCAUGAUCAACGCCUGCAAGACCGCCUCGGCCCGCCGUAUCACAGCCGUCAUUCCCAACUUCCCUUAUGCCCGCCAAGAUAAGAAGGACAAGAGCCGUGCUCCCAUCACCGCCAAGCUGAUGGCCAACAUGCUCCAGACCGCCGGCUGCAACCACGUCAUCACCAUGGACCUGCACGCCAGCCAGAUCCAGGGCUUCUUCAACGUCCCCGUCGACAACCUGUACGCCGAGCCUAGCAUGCUCAAGUAUAUCCGCGAGAACCUCGAUGUCAGCAACUGUGUCAUCGUCAGCCCGGAUGCUGGCGGUGCCAAGCGUGCUACUGCCAUUGCCGAUCGCCUGGAUCUGCAAUUCGCACUUAUUCACAAGGAACGUGCCCGCCCCAAUGAGGUCUCGCGCAUGGUCCUUGUCGGUAACGUCAAGGAUAAGGUCGCUAUCAUCGUCGAUGAUAUGGCCGACACCUGCGGGACGCUCGUCAAGGCUGCCGAAACCGUCAUGCAGCACGGUGCCACCGAAGUCAACGCCAUCGUUGUCCACGGUAUUCUGUCCGGCAAGGCUAUUGAGAACCUGAACGGUAGCUGCCUCAAGCGCAUUAUCGUCAGCAACACUGUCCCAUUGGGCGACAAGCAGGAGCAGUGCGACAAGAUCCAUACGAUCGAUAUCAGCCCGACAUUGGCAGAGGCUUGCCGUCGUACACACAACGGCGAGUCAGUUAGCUUCUUGUUCUCGCACACCGUGGGGUAAAUCAGGGGCAGAAAUGAAUUUAUACAUCAAGACAGAGGAUCAAAUCUAC